GUCCCCCCUUGCCCGCUCGUUGCUUGGCUGCUGCUUCCUGGCCCACACAGUGCUGCGUUCAACGUUUGCUGAAUAAAAGAAACGAUGGUGCUGAUUCACGAGUUCCGCGUUCCGCUGCACAUGAGUGUGGAGGAAUUCCAAGUGGCGCAGCUAUACAUGGUGGUGAACGCCAGCGAACAGCUUACGGGCGAUGGAGAGGGCGUGGAGAUCUUGGUUAAUGAGCCAUACGACAACACGGAUGGCCACAUGGGCGUGUCGAGCAUCUCGGGCUGGACCGUCCCGCGCAACAAGGGCCAGUACACACGCAAGCACUACUACUGCAAGUCCAAGAUCCCCGGCUUCGUAUCUGCCUUCUGCCCGGAGGACAGCAUGGUGCUGAUCGAGGAGGCGUGGAAUUCGUACCCACACUGCGUGACCGUCAUCGUCAACGGCUACCUGGCCAAGCACAAGUUUUACAUCUCGAUCGAAUCGGUGCACAAGACGGAUCGCGGAGACUCGGAAAACGCGGUUGGGAUGAGCAGCAGCGAACUCAAACAGCGCAAGGUCGAAGUUUUGGAUAUUGCCGAGAAGAUGGCCAAGCAAGAGCUUAAGGAAGACCGCGACCCAUCCACGUACAAGUCCGUAAAAACUUCUCGUGGACCGCUGACUCGUGGCUGGAUGAAGACUGUUGAUCCCAUUAUGACUUGCUACAAGGUUGUACGCAUCAACUUCGACUACUGGGGCGUACAGGGCAAGGCUGAGAAGAUCAUUCGUGACCAACAGCGGCAGCUGUUCCACAAUACUCUUCGGCAGGCGCAAUGCCAGACGGAUGAGUGGUACGGUCUUUCAAUGGAGGACAUUCGGCGUCUAGAGGCUGAGGUGGUGGCAAAGCUUGAGGCCAAGCGUCUGACUAACUCGGCCAAGUAA